GGAGUGUGACCGCUCAGCUUCUCUUCUUCUCUCCUCACAAAUCAAACCUGUUACUUUCUGCGCGACUCUCUCUCUCGGUGCAGGUCUGCAGGUCCAAGUCCAGGUCCCCCCUCUCACCCGAGGACCCGCCGCACACCCUGACUCACACAAACUGGAUUCUCGGAGCUCGUCGCCAUGCAUGCCCGGGUUUAGGUUCUCCAUGGAGCUGUCGAACCUGUACGAGGUGGCGCCCCGGCCCCUGAUGAGCAGCCUGACCCACGGCCAGCAGCCCCCCUCCGGCUACAGAGACCCGGCGGAGCUCGGCGGAGAGAUCGGAGACAACGAGACCUCCAUCGACCUGAGCGCCUACAUCGACCCAGCCGCCUUCAACGACGACUUCCUGGCGGACCUGUUCCACCACAGCUCCCGGCAGGACAAGCUCAAGAUCAUGAACGGAGAGUACGAGUCGCUGCCGUGCGGCCCGGGGCCCCAGGGGCCCCAGCAGCACUACAUGUCCAACUACAUGGAGUCCAAGCUGGAGCCGCUGUACGAACCGCGCCUCCGGCCGGUGGCCAUCAAGCAAGAGCCUCGGGACGACGAGGACCUGAACCCGAGCAUGCCCCCCACCUACCACCAUCCGCACCCGCAGCAGUACUCGCAGCACGCCCCGCAGCAGCAGCCGCAGCUGCCGCACCUCCAGUACCAGAUCGCGCACUGUGCGCAGACCACCAUGCACCUCCAGCCUGGCCACCCGACCCCUCCGCCCACCCCGGUGCCCAGCCCGCACCACCACCAUCACCACCACCCGCACCAGCACCCGCAGGGCGGCCUGAAGCUGCUGGAGCAGCGCAGCGGCGGGAAGUCCAAGAAGAACGUGGACAAGAGCAGCCCGGAGUAUCGGCUGCGGCGAGAGCGCAACAAUGUGGCCGUGCGCAAGAGCCGCGACAAGGCGAAGCUGCGCAACAUGGAGACGCAGCAGAAGGUGGUAGAGCUCACCACCGACAACGACAGACUGAGGCGCAGGGUAGAGCACCUGACCCGCGAGCUGGACACGUUACGGGGCAUCUUCAGACAGCUGCCGGACGGAUCCUUCAAGCCCAUGGGCAGCUGAGGGACUAGCGACCCGGACUAGACCCGGAGCGGACCCGGACCGGUGCGCUGCUGGAUCUAUACUCACACACGGGUCUGCAUGUCUGGUGUGGACGGACUGAGCGGAGGAGUCUGAGGCAGCUGCACGAAAAUCUAAAUAAUCAUUUUGUCUGAAAAAACAAAGAAACAUUUUCUCUUCAAACGUGAAAAAAAUCUGCAGAUAAAAAAACGAACAGAUCUGCAGAGAAACUGACAGAUUGAAGCUUUUUAUGUAAAACUGUGAGACAGUUGUUUCCUGCAGCAGGUGAACUUGCUGCACCUGUUGGACUCUGCAGAGUUUUGUGCCUUCUUUCAGACUUUCUAUGUAAAAGCCGAUAAGCUGCAGACACACAGCGGACGGCUGGUGCCUUACAGACACACUCACAUAUCAGAGCAGCUAAGGUAGGGAGGUCCAUGUGUUUUAUAUGUUCUCCUGUUUAUUGAGCUGAAAUGCAAAGUGCACGCUGCUUGUUGCAUAUAAAGGCUGAGCUGUUUGAUGCUGAUGGUUCGGCCUCACACAGACAAUAUCUUCAUAGUAAUAAUAAUUAUAUGUGUGCAUCCUGAUGUUCAGCCCUCUGGUUAAAUGUUGCUGCAGGUUUUUGGUCAAAUUGAUCUUUUUAUGAACUGAAUAAUGUCCCACUGCUUCUGAUUUUUUUUAUGCUUUCAAACCAGUUAAAAAUCUGCAGAACUUUAUGAACCUUGUAGAGUUCACAACAAAAAACAUCUCAAACUUUUAAAACUGUGGUGAAGCUUCCCUCAACACGCUGUUCUUUAUUAAUGUGUGUAUAAUAAUGAGUUCUGACCCGCGCUGCGUCUGGGGAGGACAUGCCAAAGUGAAAACACAAAAACAAAGACUGGAAUUGAACCUGUGGUACCUGCUUCAUCACAUCUCCGUCCUGUGAGCCGAAACGUCUCCAAACCUGCAGAAAAAAAAUCAUGUUUUAGUUUCAUCUGUUGGUGUUGAGACGUGAGGCAGGAGAGCAGCUCUGUAUGUGUGUGUGUGUGUGUGUGUGUCUGUGUGUGUGUGUGUGUGUGUGUGUGUGUUUGAGCUGAUGGGUACUGAUCUGAUCAUCAUACGUGUAUUUAUGUGUAAAAACAAACAAAAACAAAAUGUGAAAAGGGUUUCUAUGCAACACGUCUCUUCCUCUUUUCCACUGUUCAAUCAUCUCACACACACGCACACACACACACACACACACACACACACACACACACACACACACACACAGUGCCUUCUGAUCCUCUGAGAUGACCUUUGACCUCCCGCUGAGGGAAAAGGAAGCACUUUUGUUUUGUUGUUUUUUACAAACUGUUGUUGUUUGUCUCAAACUUAACGUCUCAAUUGUAAAAUAAGCCUAUAUAUAUAAAUAUAUAUAUAUAUAUAAAUAAAUAUAUAUAUAAAAUACCAAAACAUCUGAGUUAUUAUAAUAAAAGAGCUUGUUUUAUCAGACUGGCUUGCUGUUU